AUGAAGUCUGCUCUUGGCAAACUCCAAAAACAGAAGUUGGUGCUGAAUGUAGUAGUUCCACCACAUCUUCUGCUGAAAUUACUCAAUGGACAAAGCAUGAAUCAUGUCUUCAACGCUGUUCCUCAGUGGCACCCAUUGCGACAUGCUGCGAUGGUGGCCAUUGAAUCAUCUGCUGCCAGGGACAGACGCUUAUUCCCUGAUGUGAGAUACAAAGAUGAAGGUACCAAAGAGAAGUUUAUUCUAUCUACUGCAAAAUCGAUUCUCUGCUUCUCCUUUGCAUUUAAUCUGACGAUAUUUCAUCUUGGCACUGACACCUAUAUAAUUGUGGGAAUCCAGGUUGACAAUGAUGAAAAAGAUGAUACUGCUCAUGGAAAUAGUGAUCUCUCUAGUAGACCGUAUUUAUGCACUGGCAAUGACAUCUACCUUGUUUGGGAACCAUGCACAAUGUGUGCAAUGGCACUUGUGCAUCAGAGAAUCAGGCGUGUGUUUUACGCUUUUCCAAAUCUGAGUGCGGGAGCGUUGGGCAGCGUUCACCGGCUACAGGGGGAAAAAAGCUUGAAUCAUCAAUAUGUGGUGUUCAGGAUUGUGGUGCCACAGGAUAUCCUCGACAAAGCCAAAACAUCGAUAUCUGGGAGCCGAGAAUGAGAAUGUCGAGUUGAGGGUGCCUCACAUUUUGCAGGAAGAAGAUAGUAGGAAGAUUGUAUUGCAUCAUUUAUCUUCUUGGUCAUCAG